CUCGGACUCUCAAAUAUUUGAGGCAAAGUGGAUCAGAGCCUGGGGAGGGAAUAUUGACCUCUCUCCCUGCCCGUCUCCUAGCCCUAUCUCUGUCUUUUCUUUCCUUCUGCCCCUUUCUGUCUCCCAGUUCUUUCCCUUCCUUCUUCCCAUCCACCUUUCCUACCUAGUACUUCUUUCUCUCCCUUCUUUUCUCUGUAACUCAUUCAGUCAACAAGUAUUUCUUGGAUGUUUCCUCUGUGCUAGACAUGGCUUCAGGUGUAGGGGAUAGGAAGGUCCCUAGGUGGUGCUAAUGGUUUGUGCUCAACUACUAACCUAAAGGUUGGUGGUCUGAACACACCCAGAGGUGCCUCAGAAGACAGGCAUGGCGAUCUGCUUCUGAAAGGUCACAGCCUUGAAAACCCUAUGGAGCAGUUCUACUCUAUACACGUGGGGUCACCAUAAGUCAGAAUCAACUCGAUGGCAACUAGCAAUAGCAACAACUAACUUAGAGGUUGGUGGUUCAAACUCAUCCAGAGGUACCACAGACGAAAGGCCUGGCGAUCUGCUUCCGUAAAGAUUACAGCCAAGAAAACUCUUUGGAGCAGUAAUAAUGGGUAGAGGAAUGAUGGAAGCUGAACAGUUACCUGAAUUCAUUUAUCUUAUAGAUAACCCUCUCUCAUGCACAACCAAAAGAAUUUGCUUUGAGCCGUGAGCCUCCCUCACGUGCAUACAGGUUGGUUGAGUUGGUGUGCAUCAGAUCUGGUGAGUCUUCAGCCAGUCAGCUAAGUCUGCAUUCAGUUUGGCACAGCAGUUAAGACUAUGAUCCUUGGAGUCCAUGGGUUCAAAUUCUCAAUUUUCUACUCACUGGGUCUCUGACCUUGGGCAGGCAGGUGAUUUAACCCCUCUGGGCUUCAGUUUUCUGUUAAAUUAGGAUAAUCAUAGUGUCCUCAAUGGGUUGUUAUAAGGAUUAAAUAGAUGAAGGGAAUGAACACCAGCAGCACAGUGCUUAGCCCACUGAGUGGUGGCCAUUAUUAUUGCUCAAGGUGUAAAACCUUCUCAACAACCUGCAAUGCCUCAGGGGCGUAAACUAGAUGCAGGCUGUCAAAGAGGUUUGUCAAGUUCUGUGUUCAGGUUAGAAAAUAGUAAGUGCACAAGUUCGCAACAGGGAAGAGCUACCCUGGCUGUGAAGGAGCCCUGAUGGCAAAGUGGUUAAGUGCUCAGCUGCUAACCAAAAUGUCGGUGGUUCAAACCCACCAGCUGCCCUGCAGGAAGAUGUGGCAAUCUGCUUCCAGGAAGAACUACAGCCUUGGAAACCCUAUGGGGCAGUUCCACCCUGUCCUAUAGGGUUGCCAGAGUCAGAAUUAACACAAUGGCAGUGGGUUUUUUUUGUCCUUGGCUGUGUAUUUUAUAAAAACACCUAAGAGGUUUUAUUGACCACAGUCAUGUAUUCUUCGACUCAGAAUGCUAAAAUAGCUAGGAGAAACUUGGGCUACAUGAAUAACAAUAGCUUGUUUAUAGAGCAUUUAAUAUGUGCUAAGCAUUUUAUUUACAACAUGUGAUAUGAUGAAGUAGGUAUUAUUAUCAUUAUUUCACAGAGGAAGCAGAGGGUCAGAAAGGUCACGACCUCAAUGUUCAGUCAUUCAGCUGGCAGAGGCAGGAUUUGAACCGACACAGCUCAGGUGCAGAGCUCUGUUCUCAGUCCCUGCACUCAGCCGAGUGUUGGCCAGAGGAGGAUGGCCAGGUUAUUGCGCUGGCCCCGCGUUAUUGCGCUGGCCCCGCCAAGGAUGUCGGCAGCUGAAAUGGGGUUCCUGGACACCAAAAAAGAGGGGGGACAAGGAGAGUUAGCACAGGGAGGUUUUGAGAGCUGUGUUUUCAGAAAAGGAACCAGGGGGUAUUUAGCCUAGAAAAUCCAAGAGGUGAUUUGAGCUGUUUAGGAGGGGUAUUCUGUACAGAGGGUAACGGUCUGUCAGAACAUUUCUUUCGUAACUACCACCCUCUGCCUGCCAAGGGCAUUGCUGCUUCCCCCUGAGCCUGGCUCAAAACCUCAAGCCCUGCAGGCCCCUGGCAGGUCUCGGAAAUGCCUCUCUCAGACAGCCUUCCUCUCAACGCUCCCUGUUCCCCUGGCCUACCUGCCAUCUCCUCACACCCUGGCUGAUGUUACUUCUCCGCCCUUCUGGCCUGUCUCUGUCUUGCCUUUUCUCACUUCUGUCGCUGCCAGCCUAUCACCAAUAGAAACAUUUUCCAGAAGCACUUUUCCAGUGUCCUCCCAGCUCCGCAGUCAGCACUCGCCCUGGUUUCCGCACUCCUUCCAAGCUAGACUCCCUUCUUGACUCUCAGUGCUUUCUCUCCCCACCCUGCCCUCACCCUGGCCCUCCGCCUGGUCCAUCACUGUUCUUUGCACCCCUGUCUCUCUACUGGCAAUGCCUGGGCUCCACCACAGCUUUCAAGGGGUUUUCCCGCCCUGUCAACCCCAGUUCUCAGGAACCACCCUCUCUGCCAGCUGCUGCAACACUUGCUAUUUGUAUUUUACUUGUAACUCUUUGCUUCUUUCUAAUUGUAUCCGAUCUCUUCUCCUCAACCAGAUUAAAAAUCAAAAACAAACCAGUUGUUAUUGAGUAGAUUCCAACUCAUAGUGACCCCCUGUAUGUCAGAGUAGAACUGUGCUCCAUAGGGUUUUCAGUGGCUGACUUUUUAGAAGUAGAUUGCCAGGCCUUUCUUCCAAGAUGCCACUGCGUGAACUAGAACUGCCAGCCUUUUGGUUAGCAGCUGAGAGCUUUAACCACUGUUCCACCCAGAGACUCCUUAAAAGCAGACACCAUUCAUUCAGAAAAUAUUUAUCCGUGUUUACUCUGAGCCAAAGGAGCCCUAGUGGUGUAACAGGUACGCAGCUGCUAACUGAAAGGUUAGCUGUUCGAACCCUCCCAGUGUCUCCACAGGAGAAAGAACUGGAGAUCUGCUCCUGUAAAGAUUGCAGCCUAGAAAACCCUAUGGGGCAGUUCUUCUCUGUUACAUGGGGUUGCUAUGAGUUGAAAUCAACUCAUAGGGCACCUAACAAGGCCAACACUCUGUGCCAGGCACUAUGCUGAGUUACAAUGUGUCGUAAGACAGACAUGGCUCUCGCUCUCUGGGAACUUAAAACCUUCCACAUUUCAUAGUUCUUUAGAUCAAUAGUCAAAGCAGACUGUGCACCACCUAAACCAAAAAAGCCAAAUCCAUUGGCACCAAAUCGAUUCCAACUCAUAGCAAUCCUAGAAGACAGGGUAGAACUGCUCCAUAGAGUUUCUAAGGAAUGGCUGGUGGAUUUGAACUGUUGACCUUUUGGUUCACAGCUGAGCUCUUAACCACUGUGCCACCAGGGCUGCGUGUGACUAGGGGACCUUAUUUCUCCCUGUGUUAGCUGAAGGUCUGUGCACAUAGUCAGUGUCCUUUCUCCUCUGGUUGAGUGGGGCCAAGGAGGGCCCAAGCCUUGGGUCUGAGGCCUCUGUGUUCCCUGGGAUGAAUGUGUUCUUAGACCUGGGCCCAGCCUUGGCUCCGGGGAGGUGUGGCUUCACACAGUGCGGGGAGCAGGCUGAAGGGCUGCAGCUGUAGGCACAGCCAGCUGUUCCAGAGAGUGUGACCCAGUAUCACCCCUUGUUGGAGAGUAAGAUAACAGCUAUGCUGUUAAGAGUACAAAAUAACAUCCAGCAUCCCACCAGUCUCUAACAGUGAUUCUCCUUUUCGAAUCUUUGUCCGUUCCUAAGUUUUUGUUUGGACUAUUUGAAUGUGGGGAAGUUCAAAGGACCAAAUAAUGGACCCUCGUUGAGUAAUAUAGCUGUCAUAAUAGUGAUAAUGGUUUACUUAGGAAAAUGGAGAGAAGAACACAGCUUCACUGCUCUCUUGAUCAUUCCUGCUCAUUCCCAGUUACUGCCCCUCCUCCCCCACCAGCCUGUGAGUGCACUCUCCCAAAGUGGUCUGCCUGCCCCAUCUCUGAGCAGAAAGCUCAUGCGUAAAUAUUGACAUAUUUGGGUUACAGAUGCCUGCCCCUCCAAACUCCUGCUGGGCUACAUAAACACACUGGGAUAACAUGUCUUGAGAACAAGAGUCGCUUUGGGAUAAGCUAUGAUGCCGGUGACCCACUCGCUGAGAUCUUGCAAGGGUCAGCAUGUGCUGGCCUCCUGGGACCCUGGGGUGGUGGAGGAUGAAGGGAGGGGCCCAGUUCCUGUUCUCCCUCUGGAAGCUUGUAAUCCACAUGGGGAGAGAGGACUCACAUACUGGGAAGGCUUGGAGGCUGUGUGCAAGGCAGGUGGAAAGUUCCUCAAGGAAAAUUUCUGCCCAGGUGGGAGGUGGUCCUCUGUAACCACCAGAUCCCUUCCAACACUGAAGAUCUCUUGUUUUAAGUGGAAUUCAGUCAAGUGCCAAAAUGUCUGCUUCAGACAAUGGGGGAUGUGGGCUGGCAGGAAAGGGAUCUUGGCUGUUGUUCUGCGGGGAGGAGAUGGGAACAGGGAUGGGCUGUGGGGGACUGGAAGGCCUAGGCUAGGAGGAGGGAGUUGCUGUGGUUUGUUCAUCUGCUGGUAUUCGUCUCACUGAAAUGUCCCUGGACCUGCUCCUGGACCUCCAGCUCUCACUAGUACCUCUUGCCCUGGGUCUCUCUCAGUCAUGCGUCCAAAGCCCAGUUCCUUUCUUGCUCUGGACCCAUACUCUCUCCCUCUUUCCUGUCCUGAGCCUCCCAGGCUUGGACCCUGUACCCCUUUUCCUGGUCCUUUGAAAUGAGCUGGCUUCUUUUGUCAGGUGAGGCUGCUGCCCAGGCUGGGAAAUCCAAGGGCUCGUCUCUAAUCUGUGAGUGAAACCCCAGUGAAAACUGGAAGGCUGGCGGCCAGAAGCCAGGAAGGCCAAGGUUCCCAGGCAGACAGGGAAUGAACCACAGGCCCUGAUACGGGGAGCAGGGUCAGAGAGGAGGCAGAACUGGCCUGACUAGUCAGCGGGCCAGGAGGGAGAGCUGAGCUGCUCAGUUUGGGGGUGGUGGCAGGUAAGCAGAGACUAUGACUGUGCUGGUCCAAAAUCAAUUUUCUUAACCUGUGGGAUGGAGCCCCUCCCUGUCUUGCUUCCAGCUAAGAAGCUUGGUUCCCUGCUCUUUGCUGCCUCCUCAGGCCGGUGGGAAUUGUGCAUUGGGCAAGGAUCAUCCUGGAGGAGGUGGUACCUGCUUUGUGGGAAAGUGGAGUCCUGGGAAGGUCCCACCCUGAGGCAGUUUAGUGGAAACUGAGAUGCUGGGAGCCAGGUUUGACUUGGGACUUGCUCCUUCCUGCCUUGAUGGGCAAGGAGAGGGACCACUAAGACCCAAGGCAAACCACACUCACCCAGCAGGCCCUUCACCCCACAUACAUCAUACAUGUACAUGAAGGGUGCCAUUCCUCUCCUCAUAUGCUGUACAUGUAGUGACAGUGAGGAGCACCUAGGUCUUGGGGCCAGGUAAGGGCCAUAUGGGGGCCCUAUGCUGCCCUGACCUUGGGCUUGGUGCCCAGGCAGGGAAAGAGUUGGAGCGAUGCCAGCGGCAGGCUGAUGAGGUGACGGAAAUCAUGCUCAACAACUUCGGCAAGGUCCUGGAGCGUGAUGGGAAGCUGGCAGAACUGGAGCAGCGUUCCGACCAACUGCUGGACAUGAGCUCUGCCUUCAGCAAGACGACCAAGACCCUGGCCCAGAAGAAGCGCUGGGAGAACGUCCGUUGCCGAAUUUACCUGGGGUUGGCGGUGGGUGGCAGCCUGCUUGUCAUCCUGAUUGUGCUGUUGGCCAUUUUUCUCCCCCAGAAUAGUCAAGGCAGCAGUGCCCCACAGGCCCAGGGCGCGGGCACAGCCUCAGGGCCGGGGGACUGACCUGGCUGGGCCUUUGGGACAGGCUGAACAGCCACACUAGCCUGUUCCGGUCUCCUGAGAACCCUGGUGUUCAUUCCCAUCUGAGCCACCCCAGUGAUCUUCAGAGGACAGUCCCCAUGUGUGCACCUCCACGCCUCCCAUCACGCCACAGACUGGCUCUUGAGAGCAGCCUGCUGCACUGGCCGUGCCAGGCCAGCCCUGCCUGGAUCUCAAUAAAAGCUGCUGUUUGCCUAAAAGCUGGUUUGUGUGUGUCUCUGAGGGUCCUCGGGUGGUUCAUCCGCACCCUGCCCCACCCCUGGGGCUGCUUACAAAUUCCACCACUGCUAGGUCUCCACCCUGGGAGGUGGCUUUUUCCUCUCCCUUUUCUCCUUUGUCAGACACUACACAGACACGCCUUUCUGGGCUUCAGGUACACAGCACACAGCAACCCCAGACCAGACCCUGGAACCAGUCCUCCUGUUUCCCUGAGAAUGGAAUCUAUUUUUUUCUGGCAUCUUGAGAAUGCUCAGAAGACCAAUGCGACUCCAGAUGGGGUGACAAAAAAGAAAAUACUUUAAGGAUUUUAACAGCAUGAGGCCCUCUCUCACAUUCAAAUUCACUUUUUGCCCUGUGAACGCCUUCCCCCUCCCCAGUUUCUCCACCCAUCUUCUUCCUCAAGAUUCUACCAAAUUACCCAUGAGGCAGUUGGCAGUGAAAACAGGAAGGGCUUCUAAGGUCCUUUAAUGCAGGGUCACAAAGGGUAACCUGGAGUUUGCCUUGUAGGAAAGAAGUCAAGCUUUUCAAAGCUCCAGGGGUCACACAAGGAUCACUGGGUACAAUAAGCCAUGGAAGAAGGAAAGAGGCCCCACUAGGAUUGUGGGAACAGGCAGUCUCUGCCUGGGCUGCUUAACUUCAGCUCAUAAUUGUAGAUGAGGAGGGGAAUUCCAGGUCAUGUGUGUAACACAAGCAGUUUUUUCUAGGUAGAAUGAGGCUUCUGACACAGAAAAAAAUGACAACCUCUAGGAGUUGUCUGAAGCUUUACUCUUUUUUUUUUAAAAAAAAAUUUUUUUUUUUUUUUUUUACUCCUUACAGAUCUUUGUUACUUUCACUGGGCUCCUUACUCUUUCCUUUUAUGGGAAAGGAGGUCCCUGGGUGAUGCAAACAGUUUGCACUGUACUAUUAACCUAAAGGUUGGUGAUUUAAACCAGGGCUUCAAACAGUUUCAUUCUGGUUCAAACCCCUGCUGAGAAUUUGCAAAGUUGUAUGUAAGAAUCACCUGGGGAUCUUGUUAAAGUGUAGAUAGUGAUUCAGUAUAUUUGGGAUGGAAAUGCAAAUGUUGCCCCAGCUAAAAAAAAAAAAGAAGCCUUGGUUUAAACCUACC